AUGGACGCCGAACUCGUCAAUGUCACUUUCAGCUCACAGCAGGAGCCGCCUCAGGCUGUCUCUUUCAAUGCUUCUCCGCAGAAAGAUGUCGUGCCGGAAUUUCUCUUGGGCUGGUCGACCUGGCAGUAUGUGGUGACCAUUUUGCUCAGUGUGGUGGUUUACGAUCAAGUUAUGUACCUUAAGCGCAAGGGCUCAAUCGCUGGGCCGACGUUCAAGAUCCCGUUGAUGGGUCCGUUUAUCCAAGCACUUCAUCCCAAGUUCGAGGCAUAUCUGGCACAGUGGGCGAGCGGGCCUCUCAGCUGUGUAUCCGUCUUCCACAAGUUUGUCGUCCUCGCCUCCGACCGCGAUAUCGCCCACAAGGUUUUCAAAUCACCCGCAUAUGCCGAACCCUGCAUCGUGCCUAUCGCCAAAGACCUCCUCGGCCACAAAUCAUGGGUUUUCCUGCAGGGCAAAGCUCAUGCCGAGUACCGAAGGGGAUUGACGCCGCUGUUUACCAACAAGGCCAUUUCCACCUACCUUCCAGUUCAAGAAAAGGUGCUGGGAUAUUAUUUUAACAAGUUCGUUGUUGCCAGCGAGGCGAAUGAGGGACGGCCAAUGGCGUUCAUGACCAUGUUCCGCGAGAUCAAUUGUGCGCUCUCUUGCCGUACCUUCUUCGGCGACUAUAUCUCGCAAAGCGCUGUCAAGAAGAUUGCCGACGACUUCUAUCUUGCUACCGCUGCGAUGGAGCUGGUCAAUGUCCCUCUGUCAAUGUACAUUCCGUUCACCAAAACCUGGUUGGGCAAGCGGACGGCUGACGCUGUUCAUGUCGAGUUUGCCAAAUGCGCGGCUGCUUGCAAGGUGAACAUGGCCAAGGGUGCUACACCUUCGUGCGUCGUGGAUCACUGGGUACUUCACAUGAUGGAAUCUGAACGCUAUCGCGAAAGAACUGCAGCGGGGGAGACGGGGUUGGAGAAGCCUACGAACAUGAUCCGGGAAUUCACAAACGAAGAAAUCUCCGAGACUCUGUUCACCUUCCUGUUCGCUUCCCAAGAUGCUUCCAGCAGUGCCACUACGUGGUUGUUCCAGAUUCUCGCCCAGCGGCCCGAUGUCCUCAACCGACUGCGAGAGGAGAACCUCGCUGCCCGGGGUGGCGACAAGAACAAACCCUUCGAUCUUCCGAUGCUGGAGUCGCUCACCUAUACGGCCGCCGUCAUCAAAGAGCUCCUCCGCCAUAGACCCCCUGUUAUCUUCGUUCCUUAUCUCGCAACGAAAAACUUCCCUGUCACGUCCGACUAUACCGUUCCCAAGGGCUCUAUGAUCAUCCCGUCUUGUUACCCCGCUCUCCAUGAUCCGGAAGCUUACCCUGAUCCGAAUGUUUUCAACCCCGAUCGCUGGAUCACCGGUGACGCCGAGUCCAAGACCAAGAACUGGCUCGUUUUCGGUGCAGGCCCCCAUGAUUGCCUUGCCAGAAGAUAUGUGCCGCUCUCCAUGGCCGGUAUGAUUGGCAAGGCGGCGUUGGAACUUGACUGGGAACACCAUCCCACGCCCCUUUCAGAAGAGAUUCGGGUGUUUGCUACCCUCUUUCCAAUGGAUGGCUGUAAUUUGGUUUUCAAGAAACGAUCAUAG